AUGAUGAAGAAGCCAACUGUGCAAAACCAAGCCUUCUACAUAGAGGAAAUGGAAGCUCUAGCUGAUGAGCUUCUUGAGGAGUUGGGACUAGAAGAUUCUCUACAGCAUGCUUUGACUAUAGACAAAGAGGUUCAAGUAGUAGAGAACAAGGAGAGUGCAGCCUAUGGGAGAAUGUUGGAUUCGCGCAAGGGGUUUGUGGAUAAGGAGCAGUAUGAGGAGCUACCACAAGCAUCUUCAGCUACUCAACAAGAGGACAGUCAUCAAGAUGACUGGAGUGAGCUCAAAGCCCCUAAGGUGGAGCUUAAACCCCUUCCCCAUGGUGUAAGGUACGCUUUUCUUGGCCCUAAUGAAACUUACCCUGUCAUUGUGAGUAGUGAACUUACUGAACUUGAGCUAUCUGAACUUUUAAAUGCUCUUAAAAGAUUUAGAAAAGCAAUAGGGUACUCUCUUGAUGACAUCAAAGGGAUAUCACCUACUUUGUGCAUGCAUAGGAUACAUCUUGAGGAUGAAUCUAUGACUUCUAUAGAACAUCAAAGAAGGUUGAAUCCCAACUUGAAAGAUGUUGUAAAGAAAGAGAUUCUUAAACUCUUAGAUGCUGGUGUGAUCUACCCUAUCUCAGAUAGUAAGUGGGUAUCUCCUGUGCAUGUAGUCCCAAAGAAAGGUGGUAUCACUGUGGUUAAAAAUGAGAAGGAUGAAUUGAUACCAACUAGGACCAUAACUGGUCAUAGGAUGUGUAUUGAUUACCGAAAACUUAAUUCAGCCUCUAGAAAAGAUCAUUUUCCAUUGCCAUUCAUUGAUCAAAUGCUUGAGAGGCUUGCAAAUCAUCCUUUUUAUUGCUUUCUUGAUGGGUAUUCAGGGUUCUUCCAAAUCCCCAUACAUCCCAAUGAUCAAGAGAAGACAACAUUCACAUGCCCCUAUGGCACCUUCGCUUAUCGAAGGAUGCCAUUUGGGUUAUGUAAUGCUCCAGCUACCUUUCAAAGGUGCAUGAUGUCUAUCUUCUCUGACCUCAUUGAGGAUGUUGUGGAGGUGUUUAUGGACGACUUCUCUGUCUACGGAUCCUCGUUUUCUGCUUGUUUGUCAAAUUUGUGCAGGGUCCUACAGAGAUGUGAAGACACCAACCUUGUGCUGAACUGGGAGAAGUGCCACUUCAUGGUUAAAGAAGGGAUUGUGCUUGGUCACAAGAUUUCAGAGAAAGGCAUUGAGGUGGACAAAGCCAAGAUUGAAGUGAUGGUGAGGCUGCCUCCACCAAAGACAGUGAAAGACAUUAGAAGCUUUCUUGGUCAUGCCGGGUUCUACAGAAGAUUCAUCAAAGACUUCUCCAUGAUUGCAAGGCCAUUGACCAAGCUGUUGUGCAAGGAAGCCACCUUUAGUUUUGAGGUUGAGUGUCUUGAAGCCUUUAAGAAGCUGAAGAAUGAGCUUGUUAGUGCACCUAUUGUCCAGCCACCAGAUUGGAAUCUCCCCUUUGAGAUCAUGUGUGAUGCUAGUGACUAUGCCGUUGGAGCAGUUUUGGGGCAGAAGAAGGACAAGAAGACACAUGUGAUCUACUAUGCUAGCAGAACUCUUGAUGAUGCCCAAGUGAAGUACUCUACAACAGAGAAGGAGUUGUUAGCCAUUGUCUUUGCCUUUGAAAAGUUCAGGAGCUACCUUGUGGGGUCUAAAGUGAUUGUCUACACAGAUCAUGCAGCUUUGAGGCACCUCCUAGCCAAGAAAGAUGCCAAGCCAAGACUGUUGAGGUGGAUUCUACUGCUUCAAGAGUUUGAUCUUGAGAUUAAAGACAGGCCUGGAGUUGAGAAUGGUGUGGCUGAUCACUUGUCUAGAAUGAGAGUAGAGUGUGGUAUCCCCAUUGAUGAAGGACUUCCAGAAGAACAGCUUAUGGCUAUUAGAAAAGAACCUUGGUAUGCUGAUUUUGCAAACUACCUUGUUACUGGGAAAGAGCCACUGAAUCUUGAAGGCUAUGCCAAGAAGAAGUUUUACAAGGAGUUGAAGAGGUAUUAUUGGGAUGAGCCCUUUCUCUACAUACUUUGCAAGGAUCAGCUCUAUAGAAGGGCAGUGGCUGAAGAAGAGACUAGUGGGCAAGUGGAGCUUUCCAACAGGGAAAUCAAGAGCAUACUGGAGAAGAUUGUGGGUACUAAGAGGAAAGACUGGUCAGACAAGCUUGAUGAUGCACUUUGGGCUUAUAGGACAGCAUACAAGACUCCCUUAGGCACUACACCUUUCAACCUUGUCUAUGGAAAAGCUUACCAUCUACCAGUUGAGCUUGAGUAUAAGGCAAUGUGGGCUGUGAAACUGUUGAACUUUGACAUCAAGAGUGCCAAGGAGAAGAGAAUGUUUCAGCUACAUGAGCUUGAUGAGAUAAGAAUGGAUGCUUUUGAGAGCUCAAGGAUCUACAAAGAAAAGACCAAAGCUUUUCAUGACAAGGGUAUUUUGAAGAGAGAGUUCAGGGUUGGAGAUCAGGUUCUCCUCUACAACUCUAGGAUGAAAUUAUUUCCCGGGAAGCUCAAGUCAAGAUGGUCCGGACCUUUCAAAAUCAAGGAAGUCAGACCAUAUGGGGCAAUUGUGCUAUGGAAUAAGAAUGGAGGAGAGUUCACAGUCAAUGGACAAAGAGUCAAGUUAUACAUGGCUACUACACCAGAGGAAGAUGGGAUUUCGGUUCCACUUUCUGAUCCCACCCCAACCUAG